AUGCUUCUAGAAAGCAUCCCCAGCCUUCCUUUACAAAAAUCUACGAAUGCAAAAGUGCUUGAAUCCAGAGGGAAAGUGAUGGGGUUUGGGUUUGGGUGGGCAACACUUCAGGGUCUUCUCUACUUUUUUACUCCACCACCUGCCUGCCAAAAUCAGAAUCCACGCAGGUCACAGAACUCUGCUUUCCUUGGCAAAGCAGGUGGGAACAGUGGAGAGAGGGGUGGAAGGGAAGAUCCCAUUCCAUGGGGAAAGCUUGAAAGGAGCCGGCGAUUCUUUGCCCCACUGGAACCACCAAGGUAUUUAGUUUCCUGCCGCUCCCUCUCCUUCCGAGUCGGACAAGAACGUGCCCUGCGGCAGGGAGGGGCAUGUUGCAGUUCGCUGCUGCCAAACUGCCCUGUUACGUGGCCUCUGCCCGUCCACUUGGGGCAACUCGACCUCUGCCUGUGA